GUACACCAGGAGUGCGGUUUUGUUGUGAUCUCUUCCGACGCCAAGGAGAGGGGGCUUCGACCGCGGCAAGCAAGACAUCGCAGCAAGCGGCAGCAGAGUCAAGUCAUGGGUCGCAAACGCCGACUGCCCGCCAGGGCUAGGGAGAAGCUCGUGGCGGAGGAGGCUGCCUCGGCCAUGGAAGUGGAGCAAAAGGAGGCCGUUCUGCAACGAAAGCCGGACAAGGCCCUGUUCGUCGUAGAUGCUGCAGGCUCAGGGCGAAAGCGACGCAAGGUUGAGAAGGAAGCGAAGACUGCCAAGUACCUCUCUAAGAACGAGAAGAAGCUCAUUGUUCACAAGUUCCUCGGCAAGGGAAAGCCAAGAGCCGCGGGUCGCAAGCGAAUCUCCGACCCAUGGGCAGAUGAGGACCAAGAGGAAGGGUCUAGCACCAAGGAGCCGCAGGAAGCCUUGCCGCCAUCCACGUUGGGGAAGAUGGAAGCAGAUGACUCGAACCCGUUGCUUUCGCUGGAAGGAGGGGCGGUGGCAAAAGCGACAGCUGCCAUGGAGGAGUCUGCAAGAGAGCCAGGCGGUCGGCAGGGAGGGGAAGACUUCGUUACGUCCCCUAGGGUACCGGGGCGGAACGCCAAGCGUCCGAAACAGUCGGUUCGGAAUCUCGCCAAGCUGGGUGUGUGUCACCCGGGGCAGUCUUACAACCCGGCGGAGGAGGACCACGACGACGUGCUCGCGAGCGCUGUGGCCGUGGAGCUCAAGCGGCAGGAGGCCAUCGAGGAGGAGAGCGCGCCGAUUUCAGCCGGGAUGUCAGAGGAGACGCUGGCUGUCAUCAUCGGAGACGAGGACGACGAGGAAUCGUCCGAUGGUGAGGAAGACGAUAACGCGACCGGCCUCUCUCUUGGGAAACCCACACCGGCCUCGGGAAAGCUCACGCGGGCUCAGCGGAACAAGCAGAAGCGAGCAAAGGCGGCCAAGCACGAGCUGGCCGUGAGGCGCAACAGGAAGCAUAUGAUAAAGUCGAUCGAUCAUGCGGGAGUGGCGGCCAUGAGCACUAAGCGCCAGAACAACAAGGACGUGAUUGCGGGGCGAUCGGUGCCGGUUAACCUGGGCGAAGAACUGCACGGGAGCCUGCGGCAGCUCAAGGCGCAGGGGAGCGUUCUUCACGACAAGGUUGAGCUUCUCAAGGCCAACAAGGCGCACCCUGACCGCAGGCGCGGAAAGGAGCGAGCGAAGAAGGCGCCCAAGGGCUUCAAGAAGAAACACACGUACAAGGACCGUUACAAAGACGACUGACUGAUCGGGCGCUUAUGGAGGCGACAAUGUUUGCGUACACCCGGGUGUGUUGGACGUUAGUAAGAUGGAGCGGUUGCUUCCCACGGGCGGGGGUAGGGCAUGUUUUGAGGUCUGUGCAUCGAUCUCCGACAGGCCAAUGGUACGUGCAAGGGACCAUUACCAUUCAUUGGGAGGUCGAAUCGAUGCCAAAAUACCGUAGUUAUCACCAGGAUAUUGUGUGUAAAGCAAUUACCUGCAUGGAUAAUUUGAUAUUUUGCCUCCGACGGACGCUUUUCACUCGAUCACAGCAUGAGCUGGGACUCACUAUUUGGACGUCAUGUUUGACAAAUGUGAUGAGGCGAUGGCGAGAGAACCCAUCGGGCUUGAGGACAAGCACAUCAGCUUACGCAUACGAGGGUCUUGCCGAGUGGUAAACGUAGGAGGAUCAGAUCUAUUUUGGAAGAGAAGACUCCAAUGGUUAGGACCGGGACCGGCCACAUGAAUUUCACAGGGGUGUUACGGAGGUGCUAUCGCGGGCGAGGAACGCUC